GACAGCGUUAGUCGUUUCGAGACCGUCGCCAUACGCGCUACGUCGUAGCGCAGGCAUCAAGUGCUUUAACAAAAGUUGAAUAAUGUUAAUAUACAAAUGCAUUAUUGUGCAUAAAAUGUGGUUUUAAAUAUAUGAAAAUUUGUGCUCAGUAGAUAGAGAAAGUAAACGAUGUUUUCAGCAAAUAAAAGUGUAGUAUUAAGGAUAGCUUUUACAUUAUAUAUUUUUUUUACAACACAAGGUGUAAUAUGUCUACGAAAUGUACACAUGGUAAUACCAGACGCGGUGGAAAGGGGAAAACCAGCAGUGAUUAAAUGUAUAUUUGAUCUUGAAAAUGAAGAUUUAUAUCAAGUUAAAUGGUAUCUAAACGAACAGGAGUUUUGCAGAUACUCACCAAGAGACGUACCUCCUUUAAAGGUCUUCUCCGUGCAUGGAAUAGAGGUUGACCAUCAGGAGACCGAUGCUAAGAAACUGACAAUAAAGGCUACGGAAGAAGCACGCGGCCUAUACACGUGUGAAGUAUCAGCAGACGCCCCAUCAUUUUUUACGUUGCAAGUUCAUGGCUCUUUAAAUAUAGUGGACCUCCCCAAGUCGGAUCCAGAGUUAAACGGCUUGAAUCGUUACUAUCGUCCUGGGAUGAAGCUAAAAGCGGAAUGCAUAAGUCGUGACUCCAUGCCGGCAGCGAAUCUUUCGUUUUUCAUAAACAACGAGCAGGCACUUUCACAGCACGUGUUUCAUAGAGUGGGUGGCGGUGAAAACGGCAGCCUUUGGACUGCGUACAGUACAAUGCAAUACGUGGUACAAAAGCAUCACUUUGUCAGAGGCAAAAUAAAGAUCCGGUGUUCGGCGACGAUAUAUUCGAUAUACUUCAGAAGUCACGAAAGGGUGGUUGAGGAAGAAAAUGGCGGAACUACCAUCGCCCCUCUCCCUGAUACAAGGGAAGCUAUCGUCUUCCCCAUACAUCGUAUAUCUUUCAAUAAUGGAUCCGAAAAUAGGGGGAUGUCAUAUAGCACGGAGUACCGAGAAGUAGGCAUAUUACUGAUCUUCAUAUAUGUCAUCAGAUAAAUUUUAGAUACGGAUUAAAAUUGUAGCUAGGCACCCACUAUCUGAUCACAACCUUAUGAAAGCUUCAAAACUUCUUUAAUAAGAAAUGCUGGGAUAACUGCCGGCGGUAAAGAAUUUCUAUUGUUAAACUAACUAACAACGUAGAUUACUUUGUUGUAUUAUUUGUUUUUAUGUAAUGUUAUAUUUUUAUGAAGUAUAAAAAAGCACACAACGACGAUGCGAUAUGCUUAGGAAUGAAAGGCAUAUUUUUGUUAAAAUUAAUAAAAAGAUCUGUCUGAAAUUUUCAUAAAUAAAACACCCUGUUAAACUUCAUAAUAAACAGUAUGUUCACAUUGUACAAUAUCAUUUAAUAAACGCCGCGUAAGGUUUUCAUUUCAGUUUUCGUUCUUUAUCUAUUUUGCUUUUGUAGAGCAAAAACUAAUUUGAUUACUUAAAAAUAUAAUUUUAGAAAGCAUGAGGUCAGUCGGUAAAGCUACCGAUUUAUUUCAAAUCUUGUUUAAGGAUUAAUAUGCCUAAAAUAUUUAGGUUUUAAAUGAAAUUGAUAUUUGUAACAAUGUAAUAUUUUACACAUUCGAGUCGAAUCGAGUAUCAUGGAUACCUACAGAUAACACAACAUUACAUUUUUGAGAGACUGCCCUAUGACAGAUCAUAAACAGAAUCUUAUUAAAAUAUGUACAUACAAUAAAAUUUUAUAUUUAACAAUAACAUACAAACAUAAAAUAUUUAUAGAAUUGUUGAGCCAAAUGCCAACAAAACGUUGCAUAAGACCGUCAUUUUUCAAGAGCAUUUAAGACUAUUGCACGCACACUUGAAAUUGCAUUAAGCUACAUAUUAAUCACAACCACCACUAACGAAAACAAACAAGCUUGGCCCUCAGUUGCAUGUACUGGCAUUUGGCAGUUUUCCCACUACACUCUCGGAAUCAGUUCCGAACGUUUUUGCCAAAAAGUUCAAAAAAUUUAAAUAAAAAUGACAACUUUUAUUACGCAUCCAAUCAAAAUUACAACGCACUCGCGAGCCCUCUAGCAUCGAGAGGGUCCAUGGGCGGCGGUUUCACUAACCAUCAGAUGAGCCUCCUGCCCGUUUGCCCAAGUCUAUAAAAAAAAACUAUAAAAGAAAGUCACGAUGAAAACUUUAUUAUAUUCAUUAUAACGUUACAGUUUUAUUGGAAGCACUGUUAUAUUUUUUUAUGUUGAAUGUAUACCAAACGUAUGUUUUAAAUUAAAUUCCUCGCAUUGUUAUUAAUAUUUCAUUUAUUGGUGGUAUGGUGAAUAUGGAAACAAAUUCGCUGUUAUUACAAAGAACGUGAA